AUGACUAGAGAAAAGGAGUUGUUUGUGCCCAAGGUGCCAGGGAAGGUGGGUAUGUACAUUUCUGCGGUAUCACUCCUUACGAAGAAACCCAUGUCGGCCAUGUCCGUUCUAGUGUUCUACCAUUGGGUUCGAUGUUCUGUACCGAUAAUUGCUAAAGCAAACAUGCGUGAGGAGAAUAUUUUCACUUUGGCUAACCACUUCAUUGGAAAAUUUCAUGAUGAUAUGGAUAGACCUUCUACAACGUAUAGCAAUUCUAUAGUAUUGGAUCGCUGCCUUGAGUCAAGAUUCUUACUCACUUCAUCCCAAAGGGGACUCUUUGUUUUCGGAAGGUCCGGUCAGACAGAAAUUGCUGCAAGUUUUGUUUUCGGACUGAAAAUGUCAUCUUCGAAGGCGGCAUCUGGAAAGAAACUGCGAUCGCAGACCAUCCAUAAUGACUGCGCCUCCAUAGUUGAUGGGGAUGUGUACUUCAGUCUUGAUAAAUACCCAAAUUUCGGCUGCUUAUCAGGGAAUUCUCGGGAAGACCUUUUAGUUACUCCUGAUCCCAAGAAGCGGGAUCCACACGACUUUGCACUGUGGAAGCCUUCAAAGCCCGGUGAACCCUAUUGGGACAGCCCUUGGGGUCAUGGGAGGCACGGAUGGCACAUAGAGUGUAGUGCCAUGAGUUCCCAUUAUCUCAGCAUCCAAUUUGAUAUUCAUGGUGGUGGAAGGGAUUUAAUCGUUCCACAUCACGAAAAUGAGAUUGCCACGAGCUGGGCUGCAUGCCAAGCUAGCAAAGUGGGUUACUGGGUGCACAUUGGUAGGGUUAAUAUUGGAGAUGAUAAAAUGUCAAAAUCAUUGGGGAACCACAUACCAAUUCAUGAGAUCUCCUGUGAAUUAGUAAAAAACCGUGUCCCCGUUCCCCAAAAUGAGCCUUAUUAUUCAAUAGUGCGGGUAUCCAGUUGUGCUCCCAACCAAGUACCAACCAACGAGGUCUUGCAUAACCACAUUAUUGGUCAACCUUUGUUUGGUUGUUGGGACUUCGGAGACAAGAUCAGAUCCAAUUGUUGUGUUUUGCCUGUGCUAGCUCUUGGAGAAGAGUUAAAAGAACAGAGGGAUCUGUUGCUCAAACUGAAUUACGCCAACGUUAUGGAAGUUCCUGGAUUGUAUUUCGUGGAUUUAUGUAUUUAUAUACACGAGAUGCAUUUCGAGGGUCAGUUGCAGUUUUCUCUCACUUGCUUUAAUUAUUCUAUGACUUCUGCUGCUUUUUCUAUCUCAUUUUUGCACAUACCUGACACCAAGAAUGGUAAAACAACUCAAAUUUCUGGAGAAGCUAAAAACUGCAUCUAUAGGCUAAGGAACGAUUUUCAAUCCAAAAUGUCGGAUGACUUGCAAACCUCUCCUGUAUUGGGCAGCAUACUGCCAGAAUCAUUAAGGUUCAUAAACAAAGUUUUAGACAGUCUAAAGGGGAAGCCAAAGCAGCAUCUACCACUGAUCCAGUCCUUGAUAGAAAUAGAGAAAGUGGUUAAAGAAGUGCUGAGCAUUCUUGGAUUGUUGUCCGCUUUGAGCUAUACCGAGGUGGUGCUCCAACUGAAGGAGAAGGCAUUGGAUAGAGCAAACAUGAAGGAAGAUCAGGUGAUGGAUCUGAUCAGGAAAAGAGCACAGGCAUGGAAGGAAAGAGAUUUCUCAAGCGAUCAAAUCAGGAGGGAUUUGGCUGCGAAGGGCAUUGAUCUGAUGGAUGUGGGCAAGGAAACUAUUUGGAGGCCUUGUGUACCACAUAAAUAUGAAGAUCAGGCGCUGCUCACGUUAAGUUAAAUUGCGCUGCAGACACAGCUGUAUGUGAGAGGGGUGUGGUUGAUAUGCCUCUAGCAUUUUGGUAUAUACAAUUAUUUCAAUUAUAAUUAUACCGGAACUUUUUGACAGCAGGGAGAAACAAGUUUUAAGAGCCACAUUGAAUAGAAAAAGCCCACCUGUUGAAGAGAUUCAAAAUGAAUCCUUCAUUUAUUUAGGAUUCCUGAAUAACUCUAAAUGAGAGGCAGCAAAGCACUUGUUAUAAUAGAUUCAGAAUUGAAGUUCAAAUUAUCUUUAGUCA